CUCUCUUGCAUGGCGAAGUUGCAGCGAGUGAACAUUGAUCCGCCAAAGCCAAAGCCAAUAUUUGAAGGUAGUAAAUCUUUUAGGAAAAGUGUUAUUCUGAGAAGAAGACUCAGCAAAAUGCAGAAAUCUCUUCCCCCCCGCCCGCGGGGUUUUUCCUGA